AUGUUUUACGAUUUGUAUUAUAAGACAACAACUCGUCUCUUAAGCAACCAUUCAAUGGAUAACGCGUUGAGCGAAUCGGUUGUCACCGCCGGAACAGAUGAAGACAACGGACCCACAGCUGUCAAGCGACUUAAGACUGAACCCGAAAACACCGUAACCGAGUCAUCGGCGGUCACACCACUGGUCACCACCGAUACGGCAGUGACGGGCGAAACGGUGGCCGCCGUUGCCGUCGAUAACAAGGAACCGUUCAAACGAAUAAAGUUACACAAAUGGGUUCUUCUUCUUAGCUAUUGUGGACAAAAAUACUUCGGAAUGCAGAGACAGACAGAUAACGACAAGUUUCCCACAAUAGAGUACCGACUCUUUGACGCCCUGUUUAAGAGCGGUCUCAUCGACGAAGAGAAGCUCAACGCCCAACACAUGUGUCAGUUCCAGAGGGCGGCCCGAACUGACAGAGGCGUCAGUGCUAUCAAACAGAUUGUGUCCAUUAAAUUGCCCGUCGAUUUGGAUCAACAUUUAGACACCAUUAACGAACACUUACCCGAAGAGAUCCGUUUGAUGGCCAGCGUUCGGGUGACCAAAAACUUUGACGCCAAGAACUACUGCGACGCCCGAACCUACAGCUAUUUGAUGCCGUCGUACGCCUUGUGUCCGCUCGAUGUCAAGACCACCGAAGACUAUCGUAUCGCCGACGAUGUCGUGAAGCAGUUUAACGAUAUACUGAAGACAUACUUGGGUUCACAUAAUUACCAUAACUUCACGUCAGGCAAAGCCCCGACCGACGCCAGCGCUUACCGAUACAUAGUAUCAAUGGAUUGUUCGCCGCCGUUCCUCAUGAAUGGCCUGGAGUUUGUUGUGGUGCGAGUGCGCGGCCAGUCAUUUAUGUUGCAUCAGAUCCGCAAAAUGAUCGGUUUGGCCAUCGCUGUGAUGCGCGGCAUAACCAACACCGACGCUAUGAUCCGGGCGUUCGCACCGAAACGCAUAGACAUACCGAAAGCUCCCGGUUUGGGACUAUUGCUCGAAGAGGUUCACUACGAGAAGUAUAACGAGAAGUACGGCGGCGAUGGUGUCCACGAACCCAUCGCUUGGGACGAGCGGAAGGACGCGAUCGACGCGUUCAAACACCGGCACAUCUAUCCGGUGAUCGCCAACACCGAGAAGUCGGAGAAGUCUAUGUUUGUGUGGUUACAGACAUUAGUUUUUCACACUUACGACGAACGGAAGCAAAAGGCCAACGAUUUGAACGCACCCGACGCCGAGCCGGCCGUCGACUCGGAUCAGACUGAGUCGGAUCGACCGCCGAGGAGUGCCCUCUGGAGCGCUCACCGCAAUGUUCUCAUAGAAAAUGCCCAAAAAUCUGAAGACAAUACGUCUACGGCUGAUGAGACUAACAAUGGCGUCAAAGUAGAGGAAUUGCCCUCAUCGAUGAACAGCAUUAUACGGCCCGCCGUUCCCUUUCGCAUCUCUGGCCACUCAUUCUGUAUAUAUUGA